AUGCGUUUAGUAGCAGUAGGUCAUCGACAAUCCGUGAAUGCAUCUGUAUCUUAUACAAGUUGGUUCGAUCAGUUUAAUCGCACGGAUCUGUAUCGAAUACGAUCAAAUCGAACAAUGAUUGUUGUCUUCGGUGAAUUGACUGGACUCACAUCAGCCUUUGUCGGCACACGCGGACAGAGUGCUCGUUCGCAAUCGGGAACAACUCAAAAUGCAUUAUUGCUACUAAUGUCAUCCUAUGAAAAACAAAUGAAUUUCUACUCAAAAAUAUAUCCGAACAUUCCUAUUAUGAAUGCUCUCGAACUAGCUUUGAGUGAUGUCAUGUGGAGAGCAUUCAAUUACACGUUUUCAACAUUAGCUCGAUCGCUAAAUGCGACUGUUGUAGCCGGUACACUAGGACCGAGAAUUAUUCGUUCGACCGAUCGAGAAGAUAUUGACUUUUUUGGUGAUCCUGAUCUCUAUCCAAAUCAAACAGAAGUGUAUCUACCAUUGACAAAAGAAGUCUACAAUACAGUUCAUAUUUACGCACCGAAUGGUAGUUUGAUUGCAAGCCGUGACAAAACGAAUUUGACUCCCGAGGAAGUUCAGUUGUUGCAAUUGACGCCAGGAAAACUCGAAGAUAAUCGAAUAAUUAAACCUGAUAAUUUAUGUAUAGCAAUCUGCUUGGACACAUUUCAUUCCGAUGUGUUAUCGUAUCUUGACUCCCAAAAUUGUACGAUACUCAUUCAACCGUCGUUCAAUACAGAAAUGUGGGCUACAAAUGUGUCUUCUAUUUGGCAACCGCUUGAUUGGACACACGGACCUAUGGGUCUUUUUGAAAGAACACAAAAUAUUCAAUUUUCUGUCAACUCGAUGGUCACUGGUAAUUUAUUUGCUGAUAUGAUCGUGGACGGACAAUCCAGUAUCAAUCAACGUGCGUCUAAGAUGCUACAAACUGAUUUGUAUGUUGGUGUUGACUGGAAUGAUGUACAAAGUAUCGGAAAGUUUCAAACAUUGACACUAUCGAAAUGGGCACGAGAUGAUCCAAGAGAAAGAAACUUAACCAAAUUAGAACGACGAGAGAUACUGCAUCAGUAUGCUUUAGAAUUAGCUCCAAACUCGACAUCUGAAAAUAAAAAUAGGUAUGCAGAUACAGUGAUUUGGGCUGAUGUUACAAGUAAACCAGUGUAA